CCCGCAUCUAGGCUCCUCCCGCGACCUUUACCAGAUCGUCGGUCCACCUAGUAGAAGGCCUGCCCACGCUACGUCUUCCAGCCCGUGAUCGCCACUCGAGAACUUUUCUGCCCCAACGGCCAUCGUCUCUACGAGCUAUGUGUCCCGCAACACACAAUGGUUAAAGACUUGUCUAUGUCUUGAGACACUGCGGUAUUUCGGACAUGGCAACGCUCAAUUUAAUAAUAUUGGCCGCUGUAUGCAUCACAGCUCAAGCAUUCCCACAAGACCCUCCGCCAUACAGAAACACCAUCUUCGGAGAUGAAAAACUUGAAGGUGAACCUUUCGAGAAUUUAGAUGAUUUCGAUCGCUUAUCUCAACUGUCUAGAUCCGAUGAUACGAUUAGCCCCUACCGAUUACCCACUACGACCAAACCAGAACACUACAACAUCUUGUGGAUGGUUGAAAUACCAGCAAAAUUCUUCUCUGGAGAGGUUGAAAUCCAACUGUACGCUACUCAAGCAGAUGUUAACGAAAUAGUCAUCCAUGCUCACGACCUGAACAUUACAUCGCUUGUGCUAAAACUGGAGGACACUGAGAUACCACAAACAUUCGUCUUGCAGCCAGAAUAUCAUUUCUUAAGAAUAACGCUCACAAACGGCGCCCUUCAAUAUAAUGCAACGAGUAGAGUUGUCUAUUCACUGAAUAUCGUCUUCAAUGCUCCUUUGAGGACUGAUAUGUACGGAAUUUACCAGAAUUGGUAUAGGAACAACGCCAGUGAUGCAGAGAGCUGGAUGGCUUCAACCCAGUUCCAAGCGACUUCUGCACGCUUGGCGUUCCCGUGCUACGACGAGCCCAGCUUCAAGGCUACCUUCAGCAUCACUGUCAGGAGACCCUCCACCUUCACCAGUUGGUCAGGCAUGAGGCUUCAGCAGACCAGAAAUAGCACAUUUGAUGGUUACGAAGAAGACGAUUUCUAUACUACACCAGUAGUGUCUACAUAUCUUCUGGCAAUAAUAGUGGCUGAGUAUGAAACACGCGAGGUGUUUGAUGUGAACGGUAAUCUUGUCUAUGAAGUUAUAGCUCGGCCCAACGCUAUUAACGCUAAUCAAGGAGAGUAUGCGCUGGAAGUUGGACAGUAUCUUUUGGCUGAAAUGAGCAAUCACACAGCCAUCGACUAUUACAGCGUUAACCCUAACAUGAAGAUGACACAGGCUUCCAUUCCUGAUUUCUUUGAUGGGGCUAUGGAGAACUGGGGACUGUUAACUUAUAGAGAAGCUUACCUUAUGUACGAUCAAGAUCACACAGACGGCCACUUCCUACAACGAAUCGCUUACAUCUUAUCCCACGAAAUCGCCCACAUGUGGUUUGGUAAUCUCGUCACUUGCGAUUGGUGGGACGUGUUGUGGCUCAACGAAGGAUUCGCCAGAUAUUACCAAUAUUACUUAACAGAUUGGGUUGAAGAGUAUAUGGGUCUUGGAAUUCGUUUUGUCAACGAGCAAGUACAUACGUCAUUGCUCACUGACUCCGCCAACAAUCCUCAUCCAUUAACUGCCACUGGCAUUCAUAGUCCCACUGAAGUCAGGAGUAUGUUCUCGACAAUCAGUUACAACAAGGGUGCUGCAAUUAUCAGGCAGACUGAGCAUCUUUUAGGAUUUGAUGUUCAUAGAGAAGGAUUAAGGCGCUACUUGACUGAAAGAUCUUUCGACACUGCACUGCCCAUUCAUCUCUUCGAAGCUCUUCAAACCGAGGCUGAGGCUUCUGGUGCUAUUUCGGAGUACGGAAACGAUUUCAAUUUUAUUGAUUAUUACAAAACUUGGACUGAACAGGCCGGACAUCCAGUACUUAACGUUCAGGUUGACCACCAAACUGGCCAGAUGAUGAUCUAUCAGCGUCGCUUCAACAUAAACAGCGGUUACUCUACAACUACAACUAACUGGAUCGUUCCCAUCACGUUUGCUACGGCCAGUAACCCAGACUUUGAAGAUACUAAGCCAUCUCAUAUAAUCAAAGAUGCUGUUUCUGUCAUUAACCGCAACAGCACCGGUGAUGAAUGGGUCAUUUUCAACAAACAGCAAACUGGUUUUUACAGAGUUAACUACGAUGACUAUUCAUGGAACCUAAUUAUCAACUCUUUGAGAGGUCCAAACAGAACACAGAUCCACCACUACAACAGGGCUCAGAUUGUAAACGACGUGUUUCAAUUCGCCCGUUCUGGACUCAUGACUUACACCAGAGCUUUUAACAUCUUGUCUUUCCUUGAGAACGAGACGGAAUACACGCCAUGGGUAGCCGCCAUCACUGGGUUUAACUGGAUCAGAAACAGACUUGUUGGUACUUCUUACCUGAGUGAUCUUGAUGAGCUGAUAAUAAAAUGGGCGACCACAGUGAUGAAUCAAAUCACUUACUAUCCGAUCGCCAACGAAUCGUUCAUGCAGUCGUACCUGCGAUAUCAACUGGCACCCUUCAUGUGCAACUUGAACGUAUCCGCAUGUUUCGAGGCUGCUGUCAGCCAGUUUGAACUAUUGCGUUAUGCUAAUAUUGAAGUGCCAGUUGACAGUCGUACCUGGGUUUAUUGCAAUGCCCUCCGUCAAGGUACAGAAGAGGAUUUCAACUUUCUUUGGAACCGCUUCCUGAACCAUAAUGUUUAUACCGAGAAGAUCUUGAUACUUCAAACCUUGGGUUGUACACCUCAUGAGGCUGCGCUUAACAGGCUUCUUGACGCGAUAGUGGAGGACAACUACAUCAUCCGAUCGCAGGACUACACAGGGACCUACAAUGUCGCCGUCAACGGCAAUGAAGGGAACACCCAGAUUGUCUUACGCUACAUUCAGAGGAACAUCACAGCUGUUGCUAACGCGUUCGGCACGAUUUUGACUCCUGUGAAUUAUGCCACUCCUCUGUCUUACAUCACACCUCGGCUGAGAACUGUCCAAGAGAUCGAAGAUUUUGAAGACUGGGUCGUCGCUAAUAUGGACGUGUUUGGCACCAGCUACAGUUCUAUUUACAACAGCAUAGAGUCUACCCGCCAGUCGCUCCAGUGGGCUGCCGACGUUCAAAGUGACAUAGAGUAUUACCUAAACGAGGGUGAUGAGACAUAUGAAACCAGUACGUCUCAACCCGUCGUCCCUGAAGAACCGGUCACGGUCACAGCGCCGCCGUUGGUAGAGCCAACUACUCCCGAGUUGCCGGUUGAGGAGGUGGACGUUAGUACGUCUUCACCAGUCACUGUUGAACCUGACGUCACUGUUGAACCUGACGUCACUGGUGAACCUGUGACUGUUGAUCCUAUCAUCACUUCUGAACCCAUCUUCACUGACGCACCAACCACGCCGCCUAUGGAUGAUGAAGUUACUACUGCGCAGCCAGAUUCCGCCAACACAGCUUUGUUAUCAGUUGUCGUCAUUGCCUUCGCUGCGGCUGUAAAUGUAGGCUUCUAAAAUAAUGUUAGUCAACUUGAAUGCUGUAUACCUUUACCUACUGUGCUCGCAACAUUAUGUUUGUGGAAAUAAUUUCUAAGAUAACAUCAAAAAUACCUUUAUAUUAAGAGGUAAUAACACGCAUUUGAAGUUCAAUAAUACCUAUUGUACUUUUCUAUAAUUAUAUUAACUAAUACAAGUGACAAAUUUUUGGCUGCUUAAUACCAAUAAUUGAUUGUAAUUACCGGCUUAUUCCAACAACCCCCUGAAAAAGGGAAAUUCGAUGUACUGAAAUGUCUUUUCACUCAUGAAGUAGGACGUAUCUUCUUAUUCAUUUAGGAUUGUAUUUAAUGAGGUAGGUAGGAACUAUAAUUUUAUUUUAAAGAUAAUAUUAUAAUAUUUUUAUAAUCAUAAAUAGGAAAUAAUUUUUUAUAUUAAAAU